UCCUCCCUUACAGCAAACAUGAGCAGACUCUACUCCUCCUUUUCCUCUUCACUUGCACUCUAUUCCUCCUUUCUGACGGAGAGUUUUAUCCUGCAUCUGCUCUGGAGUCUUGGAAGGAGCCACUUGAAAUCCUUUGGGAAAGGUUUUAGAUAGAAUGUCACCAUCUCUGUUCUGAGGAGAACUGGGGCUGCAACGGUCAGCCAAUGCAGAGAGGAGGAGAGAGAGAUCCAGGAAGGAAACUACAGAGGGGCAGAGGAUUCUCAGAUUGACGGUCAGAAAGCACAAAGGUUAACUGGCUGUUUUGGGGUCAUAAUGAAAAGGAAGAAGAAUUCAGUGGAGGACAGCACCACGCUUAUCGCCCUCUCGGACCAUCCUGAACAAAUCUACGGGAGCAUGGAGACGUGUGCAGCAGCUCAGGAAAACAAGAACGUGUUCAGUGAUGGGGUCACCCGGAUCGAUUUUGUCUUGGUUUGGGAGGAAUCUGUGAACCCCCUGAAGUCGGCAGAAUCAGAUGAAGUAUCGUCCGGUUCCUCGCGUGACACUCACAGGAAGUGGAGGACAGAGUUUCUGUCCAGACUCCGGACCGCUGGUCUUCAUCAGGAGAUGAAAGAGGUUGUGCAGGGAAAAACAAAGACUACUUAUGUCCUUCUGAGUGCACCCUGGAAUGUUCUGUGUUAUUAUGCAGAGGAGAUCAGUGUUCGAGUGCCAUUACAGGCUGUGACAACUCCAAUAUCAAUCUGGUCUGAGAAGAUCCUAGAAAAACUGCACAUCCCAAACAUAAUGGCACAAGAUGUUCCCAACCUUCCACCGGACUACUACACCUGCCAGUUCCGCAGCAAUAAACUAGAGAGGUUUCUUGGUCAUGAAAACAAGGAUACUUUUUUCAAGACCACACAGAGGCACCAGAUACUGUAUGAGAUAUUAGCCAGGACUCCGUACGGAUCGUUGAAGAGAGGGGAGGUUGGCAUUGGCCGGCUGGUUAGUGAGCAUGUUCUCACUGCUGCUUUUCCUUUACAUGAGGGUCCAUUUGAGAUGCCAAAGACUCCAGUAGAUCCACAGUCUCUCAACAUGAGACAGAUCCUGCAUCACUACUGGGCUCGCUGGGCUUGCUGGAGGAAGUACCAACCUCUGGAUCACAUUCGUGAAUACUUUGGCGAGAAGAUAGCACUUUACUUUGCAUGGUUGGGUUUCUACACAGGCUGGUUAUUACCAGCAGCAGUAGUGGGCUUUAUAAUAUUUCUGUUUGGUAUCUGGCUGAUGGUCACUGAUGUGGCAGCAGAAGAACUGUGCACCAGUGGAGACACCUUUGUCAUGUGUCCGCUAUGCAACAUCUGCCGCUACUGGAACCUCUCCAGCAUCUGCUAUACUUAUAAGGCAGGCUUGCUAUUUGACAAUGGAGGAACUGUGUUCUUCAGUAUAUUCAUGUCUCUGUGGGCCGUCACCUUCCUGGAGUACUGGAAACGCACAAGCUCCAUACUCUCCCACCGAUGGGACUGCUCCGAAUUUGAGGAAAUAGAGGAGAGGCCAAGACCAGAAUUCACAGCACUAGCGCCUAUGACGGUUCGUAAUCCUGUCACUGGGGCUGAAGAGCCCUAUUUCCCAGAGACUCAACGACUGAGUCGUACUCUAACUGGUAACAUGGUCAUCAUUCUAAUGAUUGCCAUUGUUUUAAUAUUCCUAAUAGCCAUUAUCCUGUAUCGAACCAUCCUAAGCAUCAUUAUCUACAGAUCACAAAAUGGCUUCUUUAUAUUUUCAGCUGGAAGGAUAGCUAGCCUUACUGGUUCUAUGCUAAAUUUGCUGGUUAUUCUGUUGUUGUCACGGCUCUACACUUACCUGGCCCAAAUUCUGACACGAUGGGAAAUGCAUCGCACCCAGACCAAAUAUGAGGACGCGUUUAUCCUCAAGGUCUUCAUCUUCCAGUUUGUCAACUUCUACUCAUCUCCUGUUUACAUUGCGUUUUUCAAGGGCAGGUUUGUUGGAUACCCUGGAAAAUAUAACACACUCCUAGGAAUCCGAAAUGAGGAUUGUGGUGCCUCUGGAUGUCUCAUUGAACUAGCUCAAGAGCUGUUAGUCAUCAUGGUAGGCAAACAGGUCAUCAGCAACAUCCAGGAAUUUGUCUUGCCUAAAUUAAAGGCAUGGUGGCACAGGAGGAAGCUGAAGCCAGCUCCAAGUCAGGAGGUGAUUGAUGAACCAGACAGCGAGCCAGGGCUCAGCCCAUGGGAAGCAAACUAUCAGCUGCUGGUGUGUGAGGGGCUGUUCGAUGAGUAUCUGGAAAUGGUUUUGCAGUUUGGCUUCAUCACCAUCUUUGUAGCAGCCUGUCCCUUGGCUCCAUUGUUUGCAUUGAUAAAUAACUGGGUGGAGGUGCGUCUCGAUGCCCAGAAGUUUGUGUGUGAGUACCGCAGGCCCGUUGUGGAAAGAGCACAAGACAUUGGCAUCUGGCUGACAAUCCUAAAGUUCAUCUCCUACCUGGCUGUCAUCACUAAUGCUUUCCUGAUUGCCUUCACGUCUGAUUUCCUUCCGCGGCUCUUUUAUCGCUACACUACAGGCGGCAUGAGAGGAUACGUCAACUUCACCCUCUCAGUGGCUCCUGCAAACUACACCCAAAGCCACAUGACAUGCAGAUAUCGUGGCCUCAAAGAUGAUAAAGGACAGCCCACACAAGAUUACUAUCAUUUGCUGGCCAUUCGACUGAGUUUCGUCAUUAUAUUUGAGCAUGUUGUUCUCCUGAUUGGGCGAAUUAUUGACUGGAUGGUGCCAGAUAUUCCCGAGGAGGUGGAAAUUAAGGUCAAGCGAGAGCAUUACAUGGCCAAAGAGGCACUGGCUGAGAAUCAGUCUUUGAGUAGAACCGUCCUGGAGGAGAUGGAGAGGCAAAUCUCUGAGCUGCGACACAGAGGAAGAACACAGAGUGCUAUGAACGAUAUCUCAUCUCCUGAACAGGAAGACAAACCUACCGUCUGACACUCUGACAUCUGACGCUUUCUAUAUACUAAGCUGGCGAUUCUCUAUAUGCAUAGAUGUUUUGUAAACCGAACUCUAAAGGCAUUAUUAAAGGCAUGGUUCCCUGCAUCCUAAUUUGAAUGCUGUCUUAAAUUACACAAGCAUCAACCACUGUGUCUCACUUUAUAAUAUGUUGAAAACAGUAUGUGGAACAUACUUGAGUUAUAUACGUAUAUAAUAUUUCAAAAGUGACCAGAUAGAAACGUCCCAUCCAAAUGUCUUCUUCUAGUGCAUCGUGUAAGUGAACUGAGAUAAAGUCGUUCAUAUUUCACUGAUGAAUGUAACAGUAGUUCACUCUGAUGGUCAAAGGAUCAUACGUGAUUAAAGAAGGCUGAAUUAUGACAUUAUUGAUGAUGUACAGUUUGGAGAAAAAAGAAUGGUUUAACAGGUCAGCUUAAGUUAUAAUUCAACGGACUGUAGCCCAUUGCAAAUACCGCUCCAUGUAUUCUUAAAAGAUGUUAAUAGAAUGACCACAGAAAGACAGAUCAGAUCAGUCAACUUUCCUGCGUAUUGUUUAUUUAAACUUUAAUAGUUUCCCGCGUUCAGUGUAUGAAUGAUCAACUGUAACAAGACUAGACUAGAGCUCAUUUUCUUUCAUCUCAAAUACUGUAUGUACCACUAAAAAUUAUGCUGAAAUAUCUACAUAUGGUAAAGCAUAUCUACAGCAGUAAACCUGUUUUUCAGUGUUGGAUCUGCUGUAAGCAGGACACACCCUGGAAACACCAAUAAAAUCUGAAAAAAUGUG